GACCCCACUACGCCCCUAUACCAACAAAACGGAAGGAAGGCACCAAAAUGUCAGAGCUCCUCAGCUUUAUCCUCGCCCACGAGCAAUUUCGGAGGUAUUCCCCACCCACCCGACUGCCACCACGAAGGCUAGCCGGAACCAGACCAACUAACCAUUGAUAGAGCCCGCCUACCAUCCCUAUACUCCGACUUCCGCCCCCUCCGAGCAAACAACCCCUCCGGCUUUCUCGCGAACGUCACAGCAUGGAAGUCCGCGCUCGGCCAGGCCGCUGCGAACGGGGUCCUCGGCCGUGACACGUUGGUUCUCGAGGUCGGAGAGGAGCUGGUUAGUUCCCUGGCGACGAGGGAAUGGGGGAGGCCGUUGGCGUUGGGGACUGUUGUUGUACGUUUUUUACCCGACCCACGGAGUAGCGUGAUGGGCUAACUAGAGUUUAGAAUGAAACGGUGGCUACGAGGGAGUUUAUCUCGCUGGAAGUGUUCUUGAGUAUGCGAGAGAGUGUGUAUUACCGUCCUUGGGUGGAUCCUUGGAAGAUACUUGGGUGGGGGCUAGAGAUUGCGGGACUGAAGAGCCGGGCGGUGGAGGAUGGGAAGAUCCGGGAGGGGAAGGUGGUGGUGCUUAGGAAUAUUGAGGUAUUGACUUCCCCCUUCUACUAACCGGCAGUGAGGUCACGAUUCUAAUACUGGCCUCGCGCAGGAGACGGCGAAAACAAUCCUCAAUGAAAUCUCCAAGAAACCGAGCAUUGUCGACCGGAUAUUCUCCACGGAGAUGUUCUUGCAAGAGUUCCCCAUUCACGGGAAACGGCUCUCGGAGACGGACCUCAAAGUGCUACUAGUCUUCCUAUCCCGUGACCUCCGGGAAGCCUCCCUCGCCAACAACGUAGCCCCCACUUUUCACCUCCCCUCUAAAAAACCAAAGCUAACUACCCCAGACAAUAAAAUUCAAACCUCCCACGGGAGAACUGACCCCAGUGUCCUCGCACGACACCACAAUCGCCAACCUAAAAACGCUAAUCACCUCCCUGCACACGACCAUCGCAACCCUUUCCACCAAGAUUUCAGCCUCCGACGCCAAAGCCCGCACAGCCAUACAAUCCUCCAACAAACACGCCGCCCUUUCUGCCCUCAAAUCCAAAAAAAUGGCCGAAACCUCGCUCGAAUCGCGCGCGAAAUCACUCACACAGCUGGAGGAAGUCCUCGUGAGGAUUGAGCAGGCGGCGGAUAAUGUUGAGCUUGUGCGCAUGCUGGAAGACAGCAGUAAGGUUCUUGCGGGACUCAAUAAGCGAGUCGGAGGUGUUGAGCGUGUGGAUACGGUUGUUGAUGAGCUUCGGGAGCAGAUGGACGAGACCGAUGAGGUUACCAAGAUCUUGGGCGAGGAGACAGGUGCCGCGGCCCAAGUUGACGACGGAGAGGUGGAGGGGGAGUUUGAAGCUUUGUUACGGGAGGAGGAGAGGAGGACUAGGAUGAAGGAGGAUGAAAAAGUGCUGGAGGGGAAUAAGGGCGGGGAAGGAGAGGCUAACGGUGGGCUAAGUAUGGUUACUAGGUCUAUGGAGGAGUUGAAGUUAAAGGGGGGUAUUCCCGUGCCUGCACCCAUACCCACCCCGGCGCCCGUGCAGAAAGAGCGAAGCCCGGAGCGAGUCCCGGCUUCGUAGUUUUAACUCCUGGCAGAUUAGAAUUUCGACACGAGGAGGAGAAAGGUAGAUAGAUAGCACCUCGCAACUUGAUGUACACAGUACUGUAUUAGCUCACACGUUCUAUUUCCGAAUUGCAAUCAUUGUAAUCUAUGGUAUAUCCCCCAAUAUCCCCCUACUUAGCCCCACAAUCCCGUAGGUAGACAAAGCUCCAACAAAGCAAACAUACAGAUAAAGUAAGCAAACACCGAAAACUCCAGUUCCCUAGAUGUAAUAUGCAUGCUACCCAUCUAGCAGGCACUAAAGCAAACCAAAGCACGUUCCCCUUUCCUCAAAAAAGGCAAAGGCACAAAGAAAAGAACAAGAUAUGAAUCCUUUAUAGCCCACCACUGGUACUCCCUCCCCCCUUUUUACACCCGAUUUCCAUUUCCUCGUACUUUCGUUUACCAUAUAGACCUAUCAGUGAUGAAUCCUCUUCCACUAUAGCUAGUCUAUCCGUAUCGCUCUCCGCGCCCGCCAGCACCGUGGUUGGUGGCAGGGGGUUCGCGACGAACAUCUCACUCACGUUUACGUGCGAGUAGGGGAGGUACGUGGGGGGUGCUUGGAAUGGGGGUGGUGGUGAUGGGGUGGAGUGUAACGCA